UCAGCCACAAGUUCCAAACGGGGCCAUACACAGCCGUGCAAUCGCUGCUCUUUUUCCAGUGCAGCUUUCAUCUCAAUGCGUUGUACUCUGUAAAAAUGGCCGAAGAAACAGAACAAGACCGUAAGCGGGAAGAAGCACUCCGCCUGAAAACCCUAGCGGAAGACAAAUACAACUCCUCCAAUCUCAAGGCAGCCGUCAAAUAUGCCAAGAAAGCUCACGCUCUCUGCCCCACUCUCGAUGGCCUCUCCGAAAUGCUCACCGCCUUCAAAAUCCUCCACGCUGCCGCCAAGGCCUCCGCCACGCCGGACUGGUACAAGAUCCUUGAGGUCGAGCCCUUUUCUCACAUCAACACCAUCAAGAAGCAGUACAAGAGGCUCGCCAUCACUCUCCACCCGGACAAGAGCUCCUUCGCUGCCUCCGCGGAGGCUUUCAAGCUCGUCGGCGAAGCGUUUCGCGUGCUCUCCGAUAAGAUUCGGCGGAAGGAGUAUGAUAUGAAGUUGAGGAUUGCUAUGCAGUCGGCGGUGACUGAGGGGGGAAAGGAACCGGAGGCGGAAGUUGAUGCGUUUUGGACCGCGUGUUCGACUUGCCGGUUGUUGCACAAGUUUGAGAGGAAGUAUUUGGGGCAUAAUUUGAUGUGUCCGAGUUGUAAGAAGAGCUUCAAGGCUCUGGAGGUUUCGGAGAGUGGUGAAGAAGAUAGGGCAGGGACUAGGUCUAGUGCUAGAAUUAGGGCUAGGGGCGGGGAAUUGAAGCUGAAAAUGAGUACUGUUGGGGAGGUUUUGGAGAGGGCAAGGCCGAAGCAGAGGUCGGUGAAUUUUGAUUUGAGUAAUGAUUCAAAAAGAGUUGAAGGAUCGAGAAUUGUGAAUAAGAAAAAGGGAAGGGACGACGGGAUUGAGGUAUUAGAGAAACCGAGGCCGAAGAGGGGAAAACCUGGGGAAGAGAGAAUGACAUUAGCGGAAAUGCAGUUGUUAGCAAAGCAGAAGGUCCAUGAUGCAAAGAUGAAAUUGGGAUUGAAGGAGAAGAAGAGAGAAAAGAAUAAGGAGAAUGAGAAGGUGAAAGAGAACAAAGAGAGGCGUAGUGAUUCUAAGGCUGGGAGUCCAGAAAUUGAGAGACGCAGGGCUAGGAAGAGUGGGAAUUUGGAAACUGAGACACAACAUAGAAAAGCAUUGCAAAGUCGGGAUUCAGAGAAAAUGGCAGUGGAAGAUUCGGAUUUCUAUGACUUUGAUAAAGACAGAGUGGAGAGGAGUUUCAAGAAAGGACAGGUAUGGGCCAUUUACGAUGAUGAUGAUGGAAUGCCGCGCCAUUAUGGCUUGAUAGAUGAAGUUGUUUCGGUGAAUCCUUUUGAGCUGAGGAUGAGUUGGUUAGACCUUCAGAGUAAUGGAGAUGAGGGGUUGAUUUGUUGGGAGGAAAUGGGAUUUCAUAUUUCUUGUGGGAGGUUUAAAGUUGCAAGGAAGACUUUAAUGAAUUCUGUGAAUAUUUUUUCCCAUGUCAUGGAUGCUGAAAGAGCAGCAAAAGAAGUGUAUAGGGUGUAUCCAAAGAAGGGUUCUGUAUGGGCACUUUAUAAUGAAAAUGCUUUGGGCAAUGAGGGGAGAAAUGCAUUAGCUACGGGUAAAAGAUGCUAUGACAUUGUUGUUUUUCUAACAAGUUAUAGUGAGAUACAUGGGUUAAGCAUGGCUUACCUUGAGAAGGUUGAUGGAUUCAAAACAGUAUUUAAGAGAAAGGAGAUUGGCGGCCAUGCUAUCAGAUGGCUUGAAGAAGAUAAUGUCCGCUUGUUUUCACAUCAGAUUCCUGCAAGGAAGCUUUCUGGGGAAGAGGCUCAUGACAUUUCAAAGGACUGCUGGGAACUUGAUCCUGCCUCACUUCCUCCUGAGUUGCUCACUGGUGGAGAGGCCUCGGACAUUUAAAGGAUUGCUGCAAACUUCAUCCUGCUUCACCUCCUCCUGAGUUGCUCAAUAUUGGUUGGCAUAAAUAAUUUAUGACUUUAUGGUGUUGAUAAUUCUAGGGAUGCUAGCUGCCCCUUUGUUGCAUUGAUGGGAGGGUUCUAACUCAUCAAAACAGAUGUUUUUUGGAGGGCUCUUGUAUAUAUUCGCAUCCAUUGUGCAAGUUGGAUGUUCGUUCAUUGUACUUCUGCCCAGCAUGUUCAUGUUUGCUUUUGGAGCGUAGAUAAAUAUGUUUCCAGGUUGUCAAUGGAGGAGUGAUUUAGAUGGUCGACACUUGACAUGCAAUAGAACUCUUUUCCACCUGCAGCAGGUACCUUUAUGUACCUUGGCUUUUUGCUGAUAAGGAAUUGUAAUUUAGAACAAGAAAUUAGAAGGAUUCAACUAUGGGGUGUUUGGCUUACUACGUUUAUAAAUUAUUGAAUUAGAUUAUAA